UGGUCGCUAAGUCCGCGGUCACACUGCUUGCCGUUUUAAGUGAAAAACAUUAAAUAAAACCGCAAUAAAUGGUUUAAAAAAAAAAACGAAUAAUAUUUAACUAGUAUGAAACCAGUAUGGGACUAGUAAUUAGUAUGGGAAACCACAAGCAACAAGGAGAGGCUUAAGAAGUCUCUUUUGUGUAUGCCAGUGUGGGUGUGUGUGUGCAUGUUAGUGUUGGUGGACAGAACAAUAACAAGCCGAAAAAAGAGAAGAAUGUCAAUGGCUUUGAAAUGUAAUGGAGCAGGACCCACAGUAAUGCUCCAACUUCGGCGAUGAAUCAUAGCCACCCGAACCGUGCCUUCAUAUCGAACGACUAGCAAUAUACAUAUGUACAACUAAAGAUGCCGCUCCUGAGCAAAUGCUUUCCUUGCUUCAAAUUCAAACACGAGGAGGUAAUUCACAAGCUGGACUAUAGCAAUACACCGCUGGAGGAGCUCUACCUGAGCACCACCCGGCUGCAAUCAUUGCCCCCGCAGCUGUUUUACUGCCAGAGCCUACGUGUGCUCCACGUGAACAGCAACAAUCUGGAGAACAUACCCCAGGCCAUUGGCAGUCUGCGCCAGCUACAGAAUUUGGAUCUCAAUCGGAAUCUGAUUGAAAAUGUACCCGAUGAAAUCAAGGCCUGCAAGCAUUUAACCCGACUGGAUCUGAGUUGCAACAGCCUACAACGUCUUCCAGAUGCAGUUACCUCGCUCAUAUCCCUGCAGGAGCUGCUGUUGAACGAAACGUACCUGGAGUUUCUUCCAGCCAACUUUGGACGGCUGGUCAAUCUGAGGAUUCUCGAGCUACGUCUCAACAAUCCAAUCACGCUGCCCAAGUACAUGGUGAGGCUAGUGAAUCUACAGCGACUGGACAUUGGGGGCAAUGAGUUCACAGAGCUUCCCGAAGUCGUUGGGGAGCUGAAAUCCUUGCGAGAGCUGUGGAUCGACUUCAAUCAAAUUUGCCGCGUGUCCGCGAACAUUGGUAAACUGCGCGAACUACAGCACUUUGAGGCCAACGGCAAUCUUCUGGACACACUGCCCAGCGAGCUGAGCAACUGGCGGAAUGUGGAAGUUCUAUCAAUUUGCUCCAACAACCUGGAAGCAUUCCCCUUCAGCGUCGGCAUGCUGUUCAAGUUCAAGUGCGAGUCGAACGGGCUGACAGAGCUUCCCGAUACCAUCAGCUACUUGGAGCAGCUGGAGGAGCUGGUCCUCAGCCACAACAAGUUGAUCCGGCUGCCCAGCACCAUUGGGAUGCUGCGAAGCCUGCGGUUUCUCUUCGCCGAAGAGAAUAAGCUCCGCCAGUUGCCCGACGAGCUUUGCAGCUGCCAGCAGUUGAGUGUCUUGAGUAUGGCCAACAAUCAGUUGUCCGCGCUGCCCCAAAACAUUGGAAACCUGGGAAAGCUGAAGGUCAUCAACGUGGUCAACAACUAUAUCAAUGCGCUGCCCGUCUCCAUGCUGAACCUAGUGAAUCUCACCUCACUGUGGCUAAGCGACAAUCAGUCGCAGCCCCUGGUGCCUCUGCAAUACUUGGAUGACAGUACAAAGACACAGUUGACCUGCUUCAUGCUGCCCCAGGUCACCUUCAAGAUGAACAGUAUGCAGGCCCAGCAGCAGGCCCAAGAGCAGUACGAGUUUGUGUACGCCAAUCAGCAGCAUCCGCAGGCGAGUCCUUCGCGGCGCAUCUGCUUUACCGAGGAGGCCACCAUAUUGAGCAAUGCCAAAACGCAGCCGGCGCCCAGUUAUCCCAGCUACGUAGCUGCACCGCCAACACCAACGCCGGAACAGAUGGCGGGGUCGGUUCGAUUGAUGCGAUCGCCCACUCCGUAUCCCAAGGAGCUGCGCCAAAUGGCGAAAUACGUUAGGCAAGCCCAGGCAGCAGCGACGUCGGCAAACGCCAAUGAGGUGAGGGAGGCCCGCGUAGUGCCCAAUGGCCAAGUUCACUGUGAUACCGACCAUACCAAUGCCGAGCAAGAUGUUGUGGAUCAGGCCGCGGCAAGUGCAAUAUACGGUGUUGCGCCGGAGAACGCCCACAUCUACGGUGUCUAUCAGCAGCCGGCUACGACGCAGCAGCUUCCGGUUCCUACACAAGAGUACUACGGCCUGCCCCUGGUCAACUACGAGGCGCACUAUCAGCAGUUGUACGUCGAGGCCAACACCUUACCCACCACACAUCUGAACGGUGAGCAGGACUACGAAUUGCAGCCCUUGCAGCCACAGCAGCAGCAGCAGGCAGUGCCGCCACCUCGAUUAGAGCCGCCACCCUACCAUAUAGCUAGAGUAUAUACCAAGAAAACGCCAGAGGAUCUUAAUCUCUACGAGUCCAUGAGACAGCGCAAGCAACAGCAGCAGCAGCAGCAGUUGGAGCAAACGAUCUAUCAGGAUGCUCUGAAUAGAAACUUUAAGACCACGGCGAUCGGUGCCCAGGAAGAUGAGCCCAUCGAACAGCUGGACUACCAAAACAAUGUCAGCAAUCUGGAGCAGAGCCCCGAGGACGACGAGGAAGAGCUGGAUGAUAGCUUGUCGCAGCACUCGAUGAACUCCACGGCCACCAACAACACUUCCAGAGCAAGUCACAAAAAGUCAACCUGGAUCUUUGGCGUCCACAAGAAUCCGACGGUCAAGCAGGUUACCCUCAAAUGGGAGAACAGCAUGGGCUUUGAAGUAGCUGAGCUGCUCAAUCACGUGGGCAUCUUUGUGAGUGCCGUUACGCCCAAUACAAACGCCGCUCGCCUGUUGAGCCUCAACGACAAGUUGCUUGAGAUAGACGGCUACGACCUGACCAAUGCCAAUCUAAAGGAUGCCAAACGGGUGCUACUUAACAGUGGCACUGUCAUGAAUAUAAUGUUGUCAAGAAAAUGAUGGACCAUUUGUUUCUAAGCCCAACCCGAUUCCCAUCACGAGACCGAAGACUUUUUGUCCAUUUUUCUACAGCAUUUUUCAAAUGAGCUAAAUAGCCGAUAUAGGAUCAAACCGCUUGGAUCUACCAUAAUGUUAGUUGAUAAAUCGCGCCCUCUUCCGCCCUGGCUAUCCACCGAUCAGUCAUAGGAAACUAUUGCCAGCUAACAGAGCCUAAGCUUUUCAUAUUUGAUAGAUAGGUGCAUCCAAACUGCCAUUUUCCACAUACCUAGAUGAAGUAACUACUCGACAAAUAGAUGAAGAACCUCAUGAUAUGGAUGAUAUUUGUAUUUAUAGUCUGUAACAUGUAUACUCAUCAUUUUUAUUUUACACUUAAGCUUGAUUCCGUAUGUGGUUCUAUGAAUUUGUUACUUUAAAUGACUGUAUUUGCUUUGAUUUAUCCAAAACUAAUUUUAGCUACUCAGUAUUUUUUGCAAAUAGUUAUGUAAGCGAUCAGCAAAGUCAAUAUUUAGUUGUGUCAAUUAUGAAUUAUAGACAUUUAGAACUUCUUCGAUCCCAUAGCGGAAAUAACUAGCUAAAAUGUAUAACGCAUUUGUAUCUCAAGCUGGGAGGCACUGACGGCACUAAAUACUCGUAUUUAUUGAAAUAGUGCAAUUAGCGUCGAUUAUAAGUAUAUAUACGCACAUUAACAAGUAUAUAGACACGAUAAUCAGACAAAAAAUACCUACAACUAGCGCCUACUCUACGCCCAGCGUUAUUCAAAUUUGUGCCCCAAAAUUAAGUAUAUGUAUAGACGAAUUACUCGAUUGAUUACGAACAAAGGAUAGUUGCUGUUUAUGUUAGUUGUUAUGGUGCAGCAAUAUAAAUUCGAUAUAUAUAUAUAUCUAUUUACAAAUACGCGUACUCCAUAUUUAUUGUCCAAUUCAGAGAAAUGUAUCGAACCAACCAUUAUUUUCCGUGGAAAAUUGUUAACGAAACGAAAGUAGCGAGUGAGCGAAUUCUAUUCUAUUGUUCUAUUCUAUUGGCGUUGUGAUCAGUAUUAUGUUCUAUUGUAGCUGGUUAUUCAAAGUUGAGCACUGCACUCCUAUAUCCAUUCAAUUUAUCUAGCAUAUAGAACACCACACACCUCCACACCCCACACCACACACACAUACAUGCAUACAAAUCUAGCUAACUUAAGCCAGCGCACUCAUUUUGCCAAUUCAAUUUGAUUUAAGAGCGUUUAAACAAAUCACUGAAAUACAACUUUCACUUUGUCAUUUCGCCAUAGUUUUGAUUAAAUCUUAUCGAGCCGCCGGCAGACAACAGAGCCGGAAAAGACCAA